AUGGAAAACUUGAUUUUGACUUUUGACACAAAAAAAUUGGAAUUAUAAUCAGAUAAUUCUUUAAUUUUCGAAACAACUUUCCCAAAAUUAGAUGAAAUUAUCAAGAACAGUUUUGCAGAGUUAUCGAAACUUAAAGAGAUUCAGUAGUUCUGCUCUGAUUCAAAAAAUUCAAAGAAAUAGAGGAAUAAAAUGUUUUAUGAGCAUGAGGAAAAUGUUAAAACCAAUAUUUAUCCAGCUAUCAAUAAGGAGAUUAGUAUAUAUAUUCCUGAAUGGAGCGAAUUGAUGGAAGUCAAUAAUGGUCAUGUGAAUUGUCAUACAUUAAAUGUAAUCUACUGCAUUUCCUAAGAUAAAGAGUAUUAGGCACUAGACAAUUUCAAUUAAAAUGUGCUAAAGUGGGCAGGACUACUUCAUGAUUUGAAGAAAUUAAGUUACCCAUUUAUUGAGGGGAAGGAUCAUAUGCAUCCCUUUAAAAGUGGAAAGGCCUGCUUGGAGAUAUUCUAAAGACUUGGAUUGAUUGUUAUUAGGAAUUAGGUUGAUUAUUAGGAGUUUACAAGGUUACUUGAACUAAUAGACUAAUCAAAGCAACCAGUUCCUUAUUGGAUGAGCAGAAAAUUUGAGAAAGACAAAAUAUAUUGUACUGAAAUGCAUUCCCAUGAUUACCUAUCAGACAUUUUUACUAUACUGUGGAAUUUAUUCGCUCCUAGAGGAAGCUUUGUAGAUCUUGUAUUUAGACUAGUAUUUUUCCAUCAAUCGCUUUGCGGUAUAAAAGAAAUUCCCCCUAUGAUUUAGCUUAAUACUGAGCAAUAAUUAAUCUACUGUGAUGUAGUGUUUCUGAAACUUAUUAAAAUAUUGAUGAAGAAUGACUCACUUUCAUAUAUGUAUGUCUAUGAUUAUGAAGGUUGCAAAGACUAAUACAUGCAAGAAUUCGAGGAAUCAAAUACAAGUACACUAGAAGAGUGGCUAAAAAAGUAGGUCUUGCUAGAAGCUAAAUACAAAUGCUGUUGUUAACAGAAUUGA